UUUUAAAAAUUUAUAAAAUUUUAAACCUUUAAUUUUAAAACUAUAACAAAAAACUUAUAAAAUAAAAAAAAAUUGACAUGGCGCCAAAUUCAAAAUUGCGGGAUCUCAUCCUCAACACCCGCGUGCCGCUGGUCCUCGACCAUUUUCCGCUGGAAUGGGAAUGCUUCGACGGCUCCUUGCACGACUGGUGCGAGCACUUCGACCAGGAAACCUCCAAUCCUCCAGCCUUUGAACUGAUGGCUCUGGCGGACACCAGGACGCCGCAGUGGGAGCGGAAGCGCAGGAGCAGCCCGCUCCGCAUGCUGCAGUUCCUCCGCGAGUACGGAGUUCUGGAGGAGGAACAGACGCACUGGGCGGCUUACCAGUACAAGCGGGCCCACGAGAUUCCCCCCAAUUGCGUAAAGGGCAUCGACUUCUCCUGCUUCGGCUUCCCAGAGCACGGCAACGACUUCUCCCUGUGGCUGGGAUCGGAACAGGCCAACACUCCUUGCCACUACGACACCUUCGGCGUGAAUAUAGUUGUGCAAGUGCAUGGCUGCAAGUCUUGGCUGCUCUUCCCGCCCGAGACGCCACUGCAGAGCACGCGGGUUCCCUACGAGGAGUCCAGUGUCUACUGUUUGGAGAACUUCUACGCCCCCGAUCCAGAUAAGAUGCAGGAACUCGAGGCUCUGAGCCCGCAGGCCUACCACUGCAACUUGCAGGCGGGCGAUGUGCUCAUCGUUCCGCGCCACUGGUGGCACUACGUGGAGGCAAGGUCUACAUCGUUGAGCGUCAACUAUUGGGUGCCGCUUAAGGACGACAUGGACUUGGCGCUCGACGAGUUUCUGGUCAAGCACAUCGUGGAGAGCUUCGUGAAGGGCGAGAGCGAUCAGAUGAAGCAGUACCUGCUGAAUCCAAAUCAAUUGGAGGAGAUCUCUGCCACGCCCAGCGAGCUCUAUGCCCAGUUCGAGCGGGCUGUGCACAAUUUGGAGAGCGGACAGAGCAACCGAAAACUCUGGGAAACUGAAUACCUCAGCCAGGCUAACUUUCGACGCCUGCUCUCCACUAUCAACCACACUGUGCGUCCUCUCGAUGUUAUGCCUUCUGAAGAGUUCAAACUGCUGCUGAAGGGCAAUGCUAAAAGGCAUCGCGCGGAUGCUGCGCCGUCCGAGCCCAGUCCGAUGAGCUCCACGUGGGAGCACCUGGUCAGCAGCAUGUGUGCUCCCAGAGUGAUUGCCGGAAUGAAGCGAGAGUUCUACCGCAGACUGCGCCAGGAUGAAAGUUCGUAGGACAACACACGAGAAAGUCUAGGAAAGAACGUUUACUGUGAUACAGGAUAAUAUUGUUGAAUAUGUGAGAUUAAAAUCCAUUAAGCCGUCAACAUGUAUGAUACAAUUUGCAAACAGAACCAAGAACAAGGAGCAUUAAAUGCCGAAUACAAUCUUGA